AUGCCUAAUUCUUCCCGCGGGAGUUUUCAGCUAGUUCCAGAGUCGCACGGUCUUUCUACCAGCGACCAGCCGACGUCAGAUAAUACUGCUGCUGCUGUAGCUGGUGGACCACCUAGACAGGAUACCCUGACUCCCACAAGCGGGCCGCGAGCAGCGCCAGAAGACUCUGGUGGUAACGGAAAGAAAGUAUGGAUUCCUCGAGCGUCUCAUCGAGCAGGUCCAUUGAUGCGCGCCAGAACUAAGCAUGCCUGCGAAGCAUGUCGGAGAAGGCGCAUUAAAUGCGAUGGAGCGCGACCUGUGUGUCAAGGCUGUGCGGCCGUGGGGACGCAGUGCUCAUACGCCGACCAUAAGCGUGUACGGGAUAGGCAAGAGAUGAAGUCACUGAAAAGUACCGUUGACCAGUACGAGCAUCUCUUGCGUGACCUCCUUCAUGAGGUCCCUGCAAGCGCCGCGAAACGUAUCAAGUCAACAUUAACACCAACAGAUUCCUACCCUCUGAAUCGGAACCCGUCCAUGUCAAGUUCAUCAUCUUCGUCAGCUGGCUCCAUAGAAGGAAUCGACACGAUAAGCGAAGACCUCAACCGAAAUGAAGAAUCCAGAGCCACCGGCUUCAUGGGGAAAAAUUCUGUUCAUGCCUGGUUACGCAACUUGGAACCAGACAGCGGAUACCGGGUCUCACCUGAUAGCAGCAUGGAAGCAGGAAAUAGGGCGCAAUUCGGUCAGCCUAUUUCUCCUCAGGGUUUAGACAACAAUAUGGCUGUGAGCUAUUUCCUAGAUGAUAAAAAGCUCCCGGCAUGCAAUUCAGAUGAUACAUACAAGUUGCCACCGAAGAAUCUGGCAGACCGGAUUCUGCAUUCCUACUUCAGAUCCGUACAUCCAUUUUUUCCGAUUGUUCGUACCGAUUUAUUCCUAGAACAGUAUAGAAGUCUUUGGGGGGUGAAUGCGAACCCGCGACCAGGCCACAAAUGGCUGGCAAUAUUCAAUAUGAUUCUCGCUAUUGGUUGCCGGCGACUUCAGUUUCUCAAGGAGACAUUACCGACUGAUGUGAGCCAUGAAAUUUUCUUCUCUCGCGCCAGAUCUCUCAGCGUGAACGAGAAUACGACCUUCGAACACGCCGACCUACAACAAGUGCAAGUUGAAGCUCUUGUAACAUUAUACUUUAUGGUAUCUAUGCAGAUUAAUCGGGCCUGGAGAGUUUCUGGCAUUGCAGUAAGAUCAGCCAUGGCAUUGGCGAUCAAUCUUCGAAUCACAGACACAGAUCUACAGCCUGGAUCCAAAGAAGCUCGUUCUCGGCUUUGGUGGUCCAUCUACAUGCUGGAGAACCUCUUGUCGCAUAUGACUGGGAGGCCUUCCUGCAUUGGAAGCUCAUCCUUUUCUGUUGAUCAGCCUGUACCUUACUCAGAGGACAUGUUUGACCAUCCUCAGGUGAUGAAUCUACUGACUAACGAGACGCUUCGCAGAGAACGUUUAAGAUGGUCAUUGGAGGAUCCGGAGAAUGAAGAUGAUGACUAUGAUCCCUUCUGGCUCAAUGACGUUGAGGUUAAUCAGGGCCUCCAAUUCUAUCAUCUUGUUGAUUUAAUGCAUAUAGUGCACAUCGCCAUUAGCGAGUUAUUCUCUCCUAAGGGAUUCCAAGCCAACAAGUCGUACAUCAAACGACGCAUACGCUUCUACGAUGAGAGGCUAGACCAUUGGCUAACUCGUCUACCGCCUGCAUUCCGCUUCGUUGACCGCAACUAUAAUUUGAAUUUGCAUAAGUCGUCACAAGAGCAGGUUGUCUUAGCACUGCAUCACUAUGGAGCAAGGAUUACUUUAUACCGACCAUGCUCACCUUUCAGGCGCUACGUCGGUGUCAAAGAGAAAGAAUACGCGUACAUCAGCCAAAGGUGUCUUCGAGCAGCGCUAUCUCUGAUUGCUGUCUUUCCAGACGUUGUUGAUCUUGGUUGGGUCUACAACACCUCGCCCUGGUGGUCCCUACUCCACUUCUUGAUGCAAGCAAGCACGAUUCUAAUAUUAUUCAGCCAAAACAAUGAGAUUCCGGGGAAGGAUGUUGAAAAUACCCUUGAAGUCCCUGAAGUAAGUGUCCAGGUUCAAGUUGCCUGUCAAAAGGCCCACAGAUGGUUGCACGGCUUGUCAGGAGUCGAUGAAUCGUGUCGCCGAGCAUUCCUACUCUACGGUGAUCUCGUCCGGCGCCUCGGCCUUGUCAUGAGCUCUUCUGCUACAUCCAAGUCUGGAUCAACACAGAGCAAUCCUCCAUCUUGGAGCCCAACCGAUGUAACAAAUGUCCAGAACCCAGAUCACCUUGCCUAUAUGCAACGCCAUGGUGAUUAUCAAAGCCAAAUGGCGCUCCAUAACUCGGCAGAUCAAUACAACCUGCCAAUGUAUGAUGCGGGCAAUGUACUGUCAUCUACCUAUUGGAGGAGUGUUGACUCAACUGGCGCCGUACGUUUCAUCGGACCGGGAGGUGUAGGAGAGCUACCCAGCUUCUCACCUAGGACCCUGACGACCGAUAAUGUCGGAGAUUGGGCGGGCAGAGCAUUUGAAGACAAUAAUGUCCAUAUGGAGUUUUCUUGAUCACAAUUUGCGUUGGAGUUAGGGAUAGUCUUUUCUUCGGUCAUUCUUUCUCUGAGAAUGUGUAACGAAUAUCAUGUAGCGAGUCAAAAGCAA